UAUGCAAACUGAAUCCAUAGAUAAGAUUCGAAAAGGGAGCGUGUCGUACAGCAAGUUUUAUAAAAGAUAUAUUAAGAAUAACUGCCCCGUUAUUAUAAAUUGUGUGUCGAAUAAGUGGGAGUGCAGUAAGAGUUGGAUAGAUAGCGACGGCGGCGAACAUGCAAGCGUUAUAAAUUUUACUUAUCUAAAACAUAAAAUAGCCGAUCAUUUGGUGACUGUAACAAAGUGCUCUCCAAAUUAUAAGGAAAAUUGUUUAGUGAAGUUGGGUUUCCACAACUUUUUGGACUUCUGGGAAAAACAAAUUAGUUUUGAAAGUGGGGAGUUGAAUUCUAUAAAUGAAGAACCAAAUCUUUAUUUGAAGGACUGGCAUUUGAAGGCUCAAUUUCCCCUUUAUGAAUUUUAUAAAGUACCAUCUUACUUUAGUUCAGAUUGGCUAAAUGAAUAUCUUGUUAACCAUGGCCGAGAUGAUUAUCGAUUCGUAUACAUGGGACCAAAAAAUUCUGGGAGUCCUUUCCAUGUAGAUGUCUUUGGAUCAUUCAGUUGGUCUACUAAUAUAUACGGAUGCAAGAAAUGGAUUCUUCUACCGCCCGGUGAACAAUAUAAACUAAGAGAUUGUUUCGGAAAUAUUAGUUGUAAUAUAAACGAAAAAGAAUUAAAAGAAAGUAAUGUGUCUUUCUAUGUAAUUUAUCAACAAAGAAACGAAGCUGUAUUCGUACCAAGUGGUUGGUAUCAUCAAGUGUGGAAUAUUACUGAUACUAUAUCGGUCAAUCAUAAUUGGUUCAAUGCAGCAAAUAUAAGAUACAUAUGGCAUAAUAUGUCAGAAAAUUUGAGGAAAGUAAUUGAUGAAAUCAAAGAUUUCAGAAGAAUAUCGAACUUUGAAGCAGAGUGCCAAGCAAUUCUUCGUGCUAAUUUUGGAUUAAACAUAUCGGAUUUCCUCGAUAUUUUGCGUUUUAUAUGUGAGACUCGGUGCCAUUUGAUUACAAACAGACGCAAAAACUUAUUAAAUAUGCCUACAAGUUUGGUAGCAGACUCCCACUUGCACAACGACUUAAAAAACAUCAAUGUAGUUUUGAAAGCUAUGACUCAGGAUAAAUUCGUGCAUAGUUCUACUGCAUACGAAAGAUGUAUGAAAUAUAUACAUUUAUAAGUUGCAUGCAAAUUUGUUAAUAAAAAAUUGGGUUGUGUUCUUA